AUGGCCGCGACCGCUCCUGGCGGUGCUUUCCUGGUGGUGCUCUCCGCGUGCGUCGUCGCCUCGUCCGGCGGAAUCCUCGAGUCCCUCCUGGGGUGGGAGCUGCCGGAGGCCGAGGCCCGGGCCGGCGGGGCCGGCGGGGCCGGCGGGGCAGGGGCCAGCCCCGAGUGCUGGUGCCAGGCCUCCGGGUGUCUGUGCUGCGUCGACCUCAACCUCACUUCCACGAUCGACCUGGGCGGCCCCGCCUGCGUCAACGUCAAGCAGAAGGAGGAGAACGUGUCCCUGAACCUGAGCUACGGCGACAACCCCAUCCACAACGCCACCACGAGGCUAGCCGACGCCGCCGACAAGCCCACCUGCAUGAACCUGCUGUCCGACCUGGCCCAGAUCUGCGCCAAGUUCGUCUCCGUGAGGCGCGCCGAGGCCGGCCACGACGCCUGUCUGCGGAUCGAGCCCGCCCUCCUGGGCGCGCCGCAGGCCUCCUACCCCGUGGGCUGCUUCAACUUCCACCAGGGCGUCCGCCGGAUCGAGGGCCCCCCGCCCGCGGAGACCGCCGACGCCCCCGAGGACGAGGACGCGGCCAUCGGCCCGGAGGAGCUCAUCGCCGCCGUGUCGGCCAGCGCCGAGCAGGGCAUCGCCCUCUUCUCCCGGUGGCUGGGUCUGGCCCUGAGCCCCGAGCCGAGCCCGCCGGCCGCCCGGGCGGCGCGCGCCAUGCAGGACGCGGCCAACCGGGACGAGCGGUUCAAGCAGCUCCUCAGCGCCCAGGACAACAUCCAGAAGGAGUCGGCGCGCAUCGGCCACGCGGACGCCACGAGGACCACCUUCGUCUACGCGCAGCCCCCCAAGGAGGCCGCUCGUCGGCUGCCGGUCAUCCCCAGGGAGUCUCGCCGGGGGGGCAGGGCCUACGACAUCCACCGGCACGUCAACGAGGUCUGA